GCAAUGGGCCAGACUCUUUUUACUGGCCGAUGAAGGUUUUAUUUGUUCUGUGUCUCUGCACAUCUUCCCCACUUCAAGAUCAGGAGAGAGACAAGAUUAUUUGUUUGCCUGGGCAGCCUGAAAAUGUGGAUUUCAAUCGAUACGAAAUCGGACUAUUACACCGCCGGUGACAGUAGAAACGGGUAAAUUUGUUUUGCCGUUUGAAGCUGUGCGUACAGAAAGAUUGCAAAGCUUUAAACUUUGAUCAUCACUUGCCUCUGCUAACAAUUAUGGGAAUUUGGAUUCUUCUUUCUGCAGCUGAAGAAGAUUCAUAUGUAGUUCUUAUCAAUUGGUUUGAGAGGUUUCCUAUCUACAAGCAUAGAGAUUUCUACAUUGCUGGAGAAGGCUAUGCAGGUUUGGAGUUCUUUACCUUCAUUUCUAUCUCUCUGAUUUGGCUUUGCUCCAUUUCUUCUCAUUUGUACUAGUUCUUACCUUUUGUCCUUUUCAGGACACUAUGUUCCUCAACUGUCUCAGAUUAUUUAUGAAAGGAACAUUAGAGUUAAGAAUCCAGUAUUGACUUCAAGGGAUUAUUGGUAAAACUUCUGCUUUUAUGCUCUACAUCUAAAAUUAUGUGGUUCAAGCAAGGGACAGUAGUUAUCAUGAAAGGGCAAGUCUUACAUAAGCAAUCUCCUCUCUUUACAUAAUAAUGUUGGCACAUUUUAGUAUUGAUGGACUCAUGGUCUAAUUAUAGAUUCUACCUACAAAACUGCAGAGAUCGAGCAAGAAACAUUGAUCCAUGUAGCAUUUUCACUAAACCUUGCUCUACUACUGAAUCUCUGAAGCGCAACUUGUGUAAGCACUCCUCAUCCCUUAAAUCUUUUAAGCGUAUACUAACUUCUGGUCAAUGUGCAAAACUAGAAACAGCGAAUACCUAGGAAGUUGGACUUGGUACUAGAUAGGAAGCAAUCAUUAUGGAUAUCUCAACAUGAGAAGUUCUUGAAUCUUAUGUUAAAACUCUGUUCCAUGCUCUAUUCUGUUGCAGGGUUAGAAGUGGUCUCAACAUUCUUUUGUUUAUUUUCUUCUUCACUUUAACCAUUAUCCUCAGCUUGCCAUGAAUAAUUGCGCUAACACAUAAAACAAUUCCCAGUGUGACUAUUGUUUGCUUGGCUGUGUCCUGAAGUCUAACCGAUUGGUCAUUUGGUCUUGUCCUUUUAUUUUGGAACUCAGCCAUGGAUGUCAAGAGCAUAUGAUCCAUGUACCGAGAGGCAUUCUACAGUGCACUUCAAUCUUCCCGAAGUUCAGAAAGCACUCCAUGUGAAUGUUACUAGGAUCCUACACAGUACAAACAUGGGAAACAUGCAGGUCCACUAUCUAAUCUCGCUUCUAAAGUUAUUGCUUAAGAUUAUAAAAUCCUUAAAGUCUCAUCAAUGACUGAACUCUCUCCUUUUUAUCAUCUUCAGUCACAUUGUAGGCAUCUGCUGGGGAGAUUCUCCUCUUUCAUUGCUUCCUAUAUAUAAGCAACUCAUUGCUGCUGGUGUUAAGAUUUGGGUUAACAGGUAAGUUCUCCACUUCAUCUCCCCCCUUUCUCUUAGCAGACACCUUCGGUUGCUUUCGUGUUCACUUUCUUCAACACUUUCAUUUCACUGAAUUUUGUACCAUGUUACGGAAUAGACGCGUUGAAUGAUUAAAAAGAUUGCAUUCAAAUUUGUUUUCCUGUACAUCUAACACAUAGCUCAAAAGCACCCAUGAGAAAGGAGCUACCUGAUCCUUCCUAGUUCCCUCGUGAUUCUGUCAUAGUUUACAUAGGGCUAGAUUGAUACAUGCUUCUUGGCCAUGAAUAUCUCUCAUGCCAACAGACAGACUGCUACCUAGUGCUACAUCCACUGGAUUGGAUAUAUAUUCUAUGCAGCAAACUCUUGAAAACUCUGGCUGAGCCGGGAUGCCAUUUUCUGAGUGUUUACAUCAUAUCUCAAAGAUUGAGACACUUGGUGAGCUUUGGAUUGGUAAAUGGAGUGGCUGGUUGUUGAACCACUCUGUUGACCUAAAUCUGGUACUUAGGUAUCCACAACCUCCACCAUUGAAAUUAUGACCAUGGUUGCUGUAUCUAAUAUUUUAUGGUUGUGCUGCAACAUUAGAAAAUCUAAUCUUCCAAGGUUCAGUCUGCAUUUUUUACACAUGGAUCAUUGUCUGUGACUGAAAAUUUGUGUAACAAUAUACCCUGAUGAAUUGCUCAUAACGAAAUGAUAAAAACUUGCCGGUUUAGUUUACAGUUGAAGCGAAGCUUUUCUGUUGGACUUGUUUUCCAUCAGCGGAGACACAGAUUCCAUGUUGCUUGUGACUGCAAGUCUGCAACGAGAUACUUCAUUGAUGCACUGAAGCUUCCCAUCGUCACCAAUUGGUAUCCUUGGUAUGGCAACAGGAGGGUUGGUGGAUGGAGCCACGUUUAAAGAGGGCCCACGUCGGGAGCAGGACAUGAAGUGCCUCUCCAUUACCCUAGGCAAGCUUUCAUUCUUUUUAGAUAAUUUCUGGAAGGACAGGCCAUUGCCUAGCUAGCUAGCUAUCUAGCUACAUCAUCUGAUCUGCGGUCCAACGAAAUUGUUCUCGGAGUAGGAUAAUAAUAGCACUGAUAUUGAGAAUUUUUGCAUAUACACUGGACUUUGAAGAAAGAAGCAACACCAGAGUAAACAGAACGCAAUCUUCUCGAGUGCUGCUGUCCGUCUCUCCAUUAGUUUUGGCUCUGGAACUGCAUGAAAAUGCCACAUGUGCUGCUUCUUCUCUAUCUACGGAACUCCAUAUAUGAGCUAUCGAGAGAUAGAGGAGAAAGCUCAAUUCUUUAUAGGUCCCCAGUUUCAAUUGUAAUUGAAAUUCUUGGUUGUAAUAGUAGUGCCUAUUGACUUGAUGCAGUGCAAGUUUCACUUUGAACUUGUUUUUAUAUAUUUCGACUCGAUGCAAAUGGGAUUCGUAAUUGUUGAGAACUUUGGUUAUUACUUAUUUCGCAUUUGCAGCGAAAGAUAUCAAACAGUUACAAGAUGCUGCAUGUUGCUGGGCUUAGAAACUAGGAUUUACGAAUUCAAAGUCUGACAGCACAACCACUCGAUCAAACUCGUAUUGGCCUUCCAGCCUACAAGAUCGAAAGCUAGUAUGUUAUAGUAUUACUAGAACGAGUCAACAAUGCAGUGAUAUUAUUAUCUUCCUGCAGGUAAAUAGAGAGACAGCAUCUUGUGCAGUUCAACACGAGCAAGAGAAGUGGCAGCAGUAUCCCAUUGAUUGAGCAAAGGCUGGAGGAAAGUGGAAGUAAGAUAAGCAUGGAGCGCAGGGAGGGUUUGGUCUCUCUGCCUUCAUCACUGUUUCUGUUUAUAUCUUGCAAUCCAAGGAACACAAGGGUCUAGAACUGUAACUGCAAGGAAGGAAGGGCGACGACCAAGUCAAAGUCAUGACAUCGGACGGCGUAGACUGAUUGAUCCCCCAUGUGCGUGUUUGCGCUCGCUGGGAGAUUACGCGGCGGGAUCUGUGCCUUCAGAAGAGUCGGGCAUUUGGUCGGCCGGUGGGCGGAUCCGGAUCCGGAUCAUGAGGCCGGUCCAACUUAGCCGUAAAUUUAUUGCUUACUCAAUCCUAUUUAAACCAGGAUUAAAAAAAAAAGGUGCAAAGGGGAGACCAAGGAAGUUAUUGGAUUUGUGCUCUUUCUUUAGAGUGCCAACUCGUCCUUUCUAUAUCAAGGGGUUUUGUUGAUAGUAACCCCAUCAUCUCAUCAAGAUUCAAGAGUGCUCUCUCACUUGAGACUUGGGGGUACAUCAUGCCAUAACAUUAAGGUCAUGGUAUAUUAAGCAUGUCUACUCCGACAUAACGGAAAUCAAGUCCGAGAAUUAGAACCAAACACCCUCACCUUUGAAUAGAAGGUUACAAAGUUAAAUUCCCCUCUUAGUAUUGGCGAAUCACUAAUUUGGGCAACAAAAAAUUCUUCUAAGGACUAAUCUUGGUGAGUCCUUUUGCAUGUACUCAAAGGCGACUUGCAAAAGAAUCCUUUUCCCCUCUUUUGUAAAGUGUCAAUUGUUUGGUGGAUGCAAUGUAAAAGGUACCACGGAAAUGCAAUCAAUUGCAUGCAAAUCAACAGAAGCAAGUAGGAUGCAUGAAAACAGAGCCCAUAGAGACAUUAAAAAAAACAAUAAUAGUCUGACCCUGGA